AUGUUUGUUUUUUUUUUCUUAGAAAAUGAUUCAUUACGUCCUUGUAACGUGGAAGACUUAAUUUGUCUCUCUCAAAAAAACCAAGUCUUCAAUAAUUUCAUACCGACCGAACAGACUGCAUUUUUCUCUAAGGAACCACCUGGACUAAAAUGCGAUUGUAUGCCCGAUUGCCUCCACCAAAUGUAUAUGUCCGAGUUGACUAUUGCUGAACCGACCAUAUCAUCAAUAUUAAAUUCUUCAUCAUCUAUACUAAUCGAUGUGCAUUUCAAGCAGAGCACAUGUAUUCUAUACAGAUCAGACUUAGUCCUAGGAUGGCUUGAUUUAUUAGUGUCAUUUGGGGGUUGCGCUGGAUUAUUUCUAGGUGCAUCGCUGUUAAGUUUUAUAGAACUCAUAUAUUUCUUAACGUGGAGAGUGUACUAUCAUUGGCGUCGAAAACCAUCAAAACGAAUGAAAUUGAAAAAAUGGAGAGAACAUAAAAUAGUAAAAGGCCCAUUGAGUGAUAGCAUGAAUAGUCAAAGCAUCAUAUACUAACCUUAAAUCUAAAAAAAAUAACUUACAGCAUUACCUUUAGCCUUAUAGAUAUAUAUUAAUAAUAAUA